GCUCCUCGGAAUGAUCUGGAUCUGGCAUCGAGUCACGUUCACCAGAGCCGGACGCUUGGCGGAGAAAACAGGCCGAGGGAGUGGAGGCCAGAUGCGGGUGUCCCAAUUAUGUCUCGAUCAAACGUCGUUGCCGACCAAGAUCGAAAUCGCUCCUCGCUCAACGCACAACCAGCAAUCAGCCGUCGACGGCCCCACCAGUUUAAUGCGCCAAUUCCAGCACCUGAUGGCUCCGACAGGCAUAUUGAUCCCCAACCCAGCUCUUCACAAGCCAACCGCGGCUCACAGCAACCGGUGACUGCUCCGAAGCCAUCCACGACGAUGCUGUCUUCCGGAAAAGACGGUGUCAUGAGCUCAGACAGUAGUCGUCAAAAGUCCACAAACCGUCAACCGCCACAAUGGACUGUGGUCGUUAGCACUCCACAGUCCAUCGAUCCCAUGCACUUUAAGCUUGGGAAUGGCCAGCCGCGAAAGAAAUCCGCGGACUUUGAAGCAAGUACUACAUCGACAUGGAGUGGAAAGGAUAUCUCGAGGCCCAUCCUGUUGAGCUAGUGCAAGAACCAUCCGAUAUCCAACUGUUGUUCUGGGAGGCUGUGGCGAGGGAAAACUUUCCGCCACCGAAGUUCAUUGCGGACAUGGUUGGGAAGACGCC